UCUCAGCCGAAAAUUACACUUCGAGCUUUGACGAGAGAACGAGCAAAUUUCGUCCUUGAGGGAGUAGAUCUGAGCUUUGCGAACUCGUUGAGAAGAGCCAUGAUCGCCGAUAUACCAACGUGCGCAAUCGAUAUGGUUGAGAUCCAGUCCAACACGACGCCGUUGCCGGAUGAAAUGCUGGCACAUCGGUUAGGCAUGGUGCCGUUGAUCAGCGCCGACACAAGUCGAGUCUUGGUGGAUCAUCGGGAGUGCUCGUGCGAAGAGGGUUGCGAUCGCUGCAGUGUCGAAUUGACCUUGCACGCCAAAUGCGAGGAGCGAGGCAUCAUGCAGGUCACAUCAAAGCAUCUCAUCCGCUCAAAUAGCCUGGGCAGCCCUUACGGCGAUGACGAAGCGAUGAAUGCGAUGGGACCUAUGCCAAGCGCGCAAAAGUCGCUCGACUUUGGCAAACCAAUCGGAUUCGAUGAUCCGUCCGUGGAUGGCGUCAUGCUGGUCAAGAUGAGAAAGGGCCAGGAGCUCAAGAUCCGGUGUAUUGCGCGCAAGGGGUUCGCGAAGGAGCAUGCAAAAUGGUCGCCCGUUUCUGCUAUUGGCUUCGAGUACGAUCCGUACAAUGCCCUCCGACACACGGCGUACUGGUAUGAGCUCGACGCCAAGGCUGAAUGGCCGCUCUCUGACAACGCUAGAGAGGAGGAAGCACCACCAGAAGGCGCGCCGUUCGACUACAACCGGAAGGCGGAUCGGUUCUACUUUGACGUGGAGACUGUCGGUAGCAUGUCGCCCGUGGAAGUCGUUGAGACGGGCCUUCAUAUUCUCGAACUGAGAACCGCGCAGGUGGUGCAGGAACUCGGUGUGCUCCUGGAAGGGCCUGUCGAUGGGGACGCAGGCGGAGCAAUGCCGAACGGCAACGGCCUGGACUAUGGUGGC